AUGAGAAAGAAGCAUCCAAGAAUUUUGGGAAGUCUACGCAAUCCUCUCCCCCGUGAGGCUUACCAGCAGCCCUCUAGUUUUCCAACCAGCAUUCACCUCAUCCCUUCUCAGCUGCCCACCCCUCGGCCUAUGUUUCAGUCUAAUCCUCUGUCUGUUUUCUACCCUACCUCUUUCCCUGCCCUGAAGAACACUUCCUACUUCCCCACCUUAAUCAUGGCUAUGCCCAGCUCCUCCUGUGUAGACAAACUUUUCUCUAAACACCCUGCUCUCUUUGAACCCUCUUCCUGUUUGUCUGCCUUCAUGACUACCUCUCCUAAAAGAGCACCGCUGGAUAGUUGCCUAGUCUCUCUUUCCUAUCAAGAAGCUGGCUACCCACAGCCAGACUCGAAAAUCCUUCAGGAAUUGAAGAAGUCUUCAGAUACAGAGCCUGGAACUGGAGGAAACAGCUGGGCCCCCUCAGCCUUGAUACCAGGGGAGCAGCACCCAGAAACACAGACUGGGAACCAUGAAGUGGAAGAGACUCAAGCCCUGGCUAAGCCUGAUGCCUUCAUUCAGUACGUACAGCAGCAGUGGAGGCUGACAGUGAAGAUUAGUUACCAGGCAUGCUUUAGAAGGUGUCCCUGUGUGGACUUGGGUGGCAACACAGGCCACGGACAUCACACAGCCCCUGCCUGUGAUAGGGCCAUGGACCCAGACCUGGCCCUAGGCUGCAGCUCAGGCCUGGACAUCAUUAUGCCUCCUGGGGGCAGCAUGGGCCACUCAGAUCAGCAUGGUCCUGGUGGCAACGUGGCUCUUGGAAACUAA